GGGAUCAAACAAGCCAGUGUCUGAUCACAGUUUGGGAUCUAGGCCAACCAAAAUUUCAUUUCCAUUUUCAACUCCUCGUGCUGCCAUAUGGUCCCAGAUGAUUUGAGCCCGCUCAUAUAGCAAGAAGGACCGGCCAUUUGGCUAUCUUUCAUUUCAUGUCCCUACCGUGUGUUAUUGGAGGAAGCCAUGGCUGUAGGAGAAGCUAUAGAAAACGGAGGAACAUAUAGAUACAAUGGAAGAAUCACUCCGUUUGUUGUCUUUGCUUGUGCAGUGGCCGCCACUGGUGGCAUUAUUUUCGGCUAUGACAUUGGCAUAUCGGGUUUGUUCAGCCAUUUCGCAGGAUAUUGUGUGAUUUUUUAUGUUCAGUUACUGUUUAAUGCUUAUGAGGUAGAGCUUCAUAUGAGUUUGGAGAGUGUCGAACAUUUUUUUCUUGUCAGUGCUGAUAGAAGAACAUGUCUUUUCUUAAGGCGGAGUUACAUCGAUGGAGCCAUUUUUGAAGAAAUUUUUCCCUGUUUAAUGGUUAUGAGAUAGAGCUUAGCGUCAAACGUUUUUUUCUUAUCAGUGCUGAUAGAACAUGUCUUUUCUUAAGGUGGAGUUGCGUCGACGGAGCCAUUUUUGAAGAAAUUCUUCCCAGAAGUGUAUAAUAAGAUGAAAGAAGACACAAAGAUCAGCAACUACUGCAGAUUUGACAGCCAUCUCUUGACCUUAUUCACCUCCUCCUUGUACAUAGCUGGCCUUGUAGCUUCCUUCUUUGCCUUCUCAGUCACGAGAUAUUUUGGACGCUUGCCUUCCAUUCUUGCUGGCGGGACUGCUUUUCUCACCGGUUCAGCUCUCGGAGGUGCAGCUUCCAAUGUGGCCAUGUUAAUAUUUGGCCGUGUUCUACUUGGGAUUGGAGUCGGCUUCGCAAACCAGUCGGUCCCUCUGUACAUCUCGGAAAUGGCGCCUCCACGUCAUCGAGGAUUUUUCAACAACGGCUUUGAAUUGUGUCUAGGAAGCGGUGUUUUAUUUGCUAAUCUCAUCAACUACGGCGCCGAGAAAAUAGAAGGGGGUUGGGGCUGGGGAAUCUCCCUAGCUAUGGCUGCAGUUCCAGCAUCAAUCCUUACACUUGGUGCAUUUCUUCUCCCCGAAACGCCUAACAGCUUAAUCCAGAGAAGCAGCAACAUAGAAAAGGCCAAAUCCAUGUUGCGGCGUAUCCGAGGCACAGAUGAUGUUCAAGCAGAGCUAGACGAUCUCAUCAAAGCGAGCUCGAUCUCGAAAACUGUCCACCAUCCAUUCAGAAACAUCAUCCAAAGGAAGUACAGGCCUCAACUAGUCAUGUCCAUAGCCAUUCCCUUUUUUCAGCAAGUCACAGGAAUCAAUGUCAUUUCGUUCUACGCCCCGGUACUAUUCAGAACAAUCGGAUUAGGGGAGAGGGCUUCUCUUUUAUCAGCAGUCAUGACCGGCGUUGUUCGAGCUGUUUCAAUAAUCAUAUGCAUGCUUUUAGUGGAUAAGCUUGGUCGAAGGAAGCUGUUCAUGAUCGGGGGUCUCCAAAUGCUCGCGGCACAAGUAACGAUCGGAGCAAUAAUGGCAGCUAAGCUUGGAGAUCACGGUGAAAUCAGCGAGGCCUAUGCAUAUUUGGUAAUUGUCUUAGUAUGCAUAUAUGUCGCCGGGUUUUGCUGGUCGUGGGGACCUCUCGGGUGGUUGGUUCCCAGCGAAAUAUUCCCCUUAGAGAUCCGAUCGGCAGGGCAGAGUAUUACGGUUGCAGUCGGAUUUCUCUUCAUAUACCUAGGGGCGCAGACGUUCUUGUCCAUGCUGUGCCACUUCAGGUCGGGGCUGUUUUUCUUCUUCGGCGGGUGGGCAGUGAUCAUGACAGUGUUCGUGCAUCUGUUGUUGCCGGAGACAAAGAACGUGCCAAUCGAGCAAAUGGAUAAGAUCUGGAGGGAGCAUUGGUUUUGGAAGAAGAUUGUGGGCGAAAUCGAUGUCAAAACCAAUAAGAUUGAAGCCUGACUCUGCUAUUUCGGUACAGGGGGACAUAAUAAAGUUAACGAUACUACAACCAAGGCCAAUUACUGAUCAU